AUGCUUGUCAGCGCGAAAUUGUGUUGGUGCUACAAACAACAAGGUUUGGUCUUGAAAAUGGCGGAUGAUCUUGACAGUUUUUUCGCGUCAAAGAAAAAGCAGGGUAAAAAGAAACGUGACCUUCGAGAUCCAAAUGCGCUGGGACGAUGUCUGGAGAUAACCGUCCAGCAGCAGGAGAUAAUCGAUAUGAUUAAUCAGGAAUGGGAAAAUAAGCAAAAUGAAGGGGAACAGAAAAUAGACAAAAACGAGGAUUCGGAAUGGAUCGAAGUAAAAGAACCUGGCGACGUCGACCUAAAGGAACUCACCAUCAAAGAACUGGAUAUUGAAGACCAAAGUGACAUGGAUGACAGCGGGAAAGAAGAAGCGUCUGACAAGCCGAAAUCGUGGAAUAUGACGGGCGCACCCACUGAAGAAGUGAAAGAAGAGGCAGAACCUGCACCGCCUCCUCCACUUUCAGAGCCCAAGGUCUACGUAGCGCCUAGUCGCAGGACCGCUACGAUGAACGAUCGUUACAGAAAGGUUGACGUAAGCAGCGCAGUGGAUUUUCCUAGUUUGGCAGUAGCUGACGAAAUCGCCAAAAAGGAAACGGAAAGGAAAAAGAAACUAAUGGCUCUUAAAGAAACCGCUCUCCCGUAUACGGCAAGGGUUACUCAAAGGAGUUACAGAAGAGAAGAAAACGAUAUUUCGUCAAAUGCUUCUCGAUCGUCUGAUGAGACUUCCAAACAGCCAUCGAAACCGCUCUAUAUACCACCAGCUCGCAGGCAUAUGGAAGCAUGA